AUGAGUUUUGCUAACAAGGUUGUGAUAGUGACGGGGGCUAGUUCGGGCAUCGGCGCGGCGACGGCGCUGAUGUUCGCCAAGGAGGGCGCCGAUGUAGUGAUCGUGGCGCGCACCCAAGCCAAGCUCGCCGCCGUCGCCAAAAACAUACAAGCACAAGGCAGGAAGGCCCUCGUCAUACAAGCUGAUCUCUCCAAAGAAGCCGACGUCGCAACAGUUGUUCCAAAAACUAUAAAAGAGUUUGGAAAACUGGAUGUGCUUGUCAAUAACGCUGGAAUGGCUUCAGAAGGAUGCCUACUAGACGGCAAAGCGUUGCAAGCAUACGACGAAGUAAUGAAGACUAACGUAAGAGCUGUGGUCCAACUGACCAGCCUUGCAGCGCCUUAUCUAAUCCAGACUAAGGGAAAUGUGGUCAACGUAUCCAGCGUAGCAGGGCUGAUGACUAGCAAGAUACCUACGCUUAUGUUUUAUUCUGUGUCUAAAGCGGCAUUGGGGCACUUUACGCGUUGCUCUGCUUUAGAAUUAGCGGCAUCAGGCGUCAGGGUAAACUCUGUGAAUCCCGGGCCGGUUGAAAACGACUUUAUAAUCAACAACAAGCUUGACGUUCAGGACUUGAAGGGAAAUCUGACAGACUUUACUGCGUUAGGGUAUAUAGCUAAAGACGAUGAGAUUGGGCGCGUGAUUUUAUUCUUGGCGAGUGACAAGGCGAGAAGCAUUACUGGGUCGACUUACGUAAUUGAUAAUGGAUGCCUCUUAAAAUGAUUGUUUAUACUUAUAUCUACACUACAUUUUGUCUCGACAACUUUGUUUAAAAUUAAUCUCAGCAGAUUGUGAAG